UGUAUGGGAACAUUCUUUAUACGUUGAAUAAUUGUUUUUUUAAGUGUUAACCUUCCUGGUGAACGACUGACGCGCCGGCUGCUAUUGGCUGGCACUGUUAAAAAUGCAGCUGUAAAAAAAAAACAAGAAUGCGGUGACAUUUGUAGUACCGUCACCAGUGACCCCAGACUCUGAGCGUCCUCACAGACGGUCCGCCCUGAGUCCGGCUGAGCUCUCCUCCUCCUCCUCCUUCACCCCGGAGUCAUGAAGCCCUCCGCGCUGUUUCUUCUCUGCUGCGGCGAGCUGGCCUGGGCGGACUCUCACUCCCUGUGGUACUUCAUGACCCUCACAACCGGACCGAGCCAGUUCCCGGAGUUCGUGGUUGUAGGGAUGGUGGACGAUGUCCAGGUGGAAUACUACGACAGCGACGUCGGGAAGGUGAUCUCUCGUCGACACUGGCGCCCGGACGCUGAGGUCGAGGAAGCAGACAGCAAGGUUACUGCAGCGAAGCAUUACCACAACAGCAUGAGAAACAAGCUGCAGCUCCUGAUGUCUCACCUGAACCACACAGGAGGACACCGGACCUACCAGAGGAUCGCUGGCUGCGAGCUGGACGAUGACGGUUCGGCCCGGUUCGGUCGCUGGGACGCCUACGAUGGCCGGGACGCCCUGGUCUACAACACGCAGAGCUACAGCUGGAGUCUUCUCAUCCCACAAGUAGUCAUUGACAAGGCGCUCUUUCAGGUCAAUAAAAUAAGGGCAGAUACAUUCUACCAGCCCCUGUGUGUGAGGGUCCUGAAGAGCUACCUGCAGCAGGAGAGGACCAGGCUGAUGAGGAGAGUCAAGCCCAGGGUCCGGGUCUUCCAGAAGACAUCCGCCUUCUCUGGGGGGACGGAGGUGACCUGCCUGGCCACCGGCUUCUACCCCCGGGCCCUGGAGCUGACCCUGCUGAGAGACGGGCGUCCCGUCCCGGAGCAGGAGCUGACAGGGGGGGAGGUGCUGCCCAACGGAGACGGGACCUACCAGCUGAGGAAGAGCCUGGCGCUCAGCGAGGAGGAGGAGGAGCGCCGAGGGAGACAUCGCUACACCUGCAGGGUCCAGCACAGCGGUCUGGACAACGGGCUGGAGGUGGACUGGGAACCAGAACCUGACCUGGACACUGGGCUCAUCGUUGGGGUGGUGAUCGUGGUUCUGAUUGUGGUUCUGGUGCUGCCCGUCGCCGCCUGUGUCCUCUGGAGGAAGAAAGGACGAGGAGCCCAGAGUCCUGCCUGUAGGAGCUCUGAUGUCAAGUACACUGCGGGCCAGGGACAAGAACAGAGCGAGACGUCAUCAAACAGCUCUGGUCCCUAAAGAGGCCGUACAGACCGAGAGAGGAACUCUGCAGAGUGUAUACAGAGAUCUCGCAGGGCCUGAAUCACUUAUAACAGAAUUAAUCACUGUGGGGCUGGGUUUCUUCGGUCAUUUUCAUACUGUUGAAUAAUAAUAACAAUGUCUUACACUUAUAUAGCACUUUUCUGGACACUCCACUCAAAGUGCUUUACAAGUAA